CGCUUGAAUCUGAAAGCGGCCCCCGCCUCCUAGGUUUCAACUGAAGCCGCAUCAAAACGCUGCCGUUACUUUCUUCUUUCCCGCAGCACUAUCCCCGACUUUCAGGAUAGUUUGGCGUGAAUCUACAGAAGUAGAAAAUGUAUGCGACCACGGGAUACAGUUACAGUAACGGUAACCACCAGCCGCAGAACUCGGAAGGGAAGCGAAUGGAGACUAGCCACCGAGAGAGGGUCGGAAAAAGAGGUCGCCGGGCCCGUGAUUCUCACGGACUUAGGGUUGGCGUGCACUCACAGCGGCAGCAGCAGUCGUCGCCUCCGCCCUGCACAGACUUCGACGUCGCCUACUUCAACUCCUACGCUCAUGUCGGCAUCCAUGAAGAGAUGAUCAAGGAUCGAGUACGAACUGAAACUUAUAAGAGUGCCAUUAUGCAGCAUCAGAGAUUUAUUGAAGGAAAAGUUGUAAUGGAUGUCGGAUGCGGCACAGGCAUUCUUUCUAUAUUUUGUGCUCAAGCAGGUGCAAAGCGGGUGUAUGCAGUGGAUGCAAGUUCUAUAGCAGUGCAGGCAAAUGAAGUUGUGAAGGCAAAUAACUUAGUUGACAAGGUCAUUGUAUUGCAUGGGCGAGUUGAGGAUAUUGAAAUUGAUGAGGAAGUUGAUGUAAUAAUAUCAGAAUGGAUGGGCUACAUGCUUCUUUAUGAGAGUAUGCUGGGAAGUGUUAUUACUGCUAGAGAUAGAUGGCUAAAACGUGGAGGUCUUAUUCUUCCUUCAAAUGCAACGUUGUACAUGGCACCUAUCACAAAUCCUGACAGAUACAGUUACAGCAUUGAUUUCUGGCGCAAUGUUUAUGGAAUUGAUAUGUCUGCUAUGAUGCCAUUGGCAAAACAGUGUGCAUUUGAAGAGCCAUGUGUGGAGACAAUAACUGGUGAGAAUGUUUUGACUUGGCCACAUGUGGUUAAGCAUGUUGACUGCUAUACUGUUCAAAUUCAUGAACUAGAAUCUGUUACAGCAAAGUAUAAGUUCCAGUCAAUGAUGCGAGCUCCACUGCAUGGAUUUGCAUUUUGGUUUGAUGUUGAAUUCAUCGGGCCUAUAAUGUCACCUUCCAACAAUCCUUAUACAUCCUCACCAAUCGGGUCAUCUCAUGAUAAUACAGCUGAUGGUAUUCAAAGGAGGAAAAGAUCAAAUUCCAAUGAAGCUCUAGUACUGUCAACCGCACCAGAGGAUCCUCCAACACAUUGGCAACAGACAAUGGUCUACUUUUACGAUCCAAUAGAGCUGGAGCAAGAUCAAAUUAUUGAAGGCUCUCUUACACUAUCACAAAGCAAAGAAAACCCACGAUUUAUGAAUAUUCAUCUCCAAUACACUUGUGCAGGAAGAUCUUUCGUUAAAGAGUCAGUAAUGCGAUAAUCUCCUAGACGAAUUUCUUGUUUCUAUUGAACCUUCACAAGUGGUUCAAGGGUCGGUUUUAUUCCCUCUAGAAUUUGCUGGGCCUUUUCUCCUCGGUGGUCUUUCCUCAGUUGACCAACAAAACUCCUAUGUAAUCAUUAAGUGCCACAAUGAAGAUGAAACUACAAAUUAACCAAAUACAGAAUUAAAAUAGGUGAGAUUUUAGGUAAAUUUUGACUGGGAUUAAUACUUCAGGUGCUGAAUGAUUGUUGUUUCAAAUGUGCUUUUGAAGUUGUAUUAUCGUGUUGAGACUUGAGACUCAAGAAACAUGGCUGAUCAUUAUCUCUCCCUUUCAAACGAGUUUUAUUCCUGGUAGGAAAUGGAUGGAUAAUGUUUUUAUUCUUGGUGAACUUGUCUCUUCCUUUUAAGGAAAGGGUUCAGAGGGAGACACGGUCAUAAAAUUGGAUCUUGAUAAGGCAUAUGAUUUGUAUUCGAUCUUGAAAAGCCUUAUGACUGUAUUGCAUGGAGCUUUGUUAGGGGGCUUUUUUAUUCUUUAA